AACUUGGCGCCUGCAAGCCGUUGCUUUCCUCUUCUUCUGCUCUCUUUCUCUCUACACGCAGAAUUGAAUUCUGUAGAAUAUCUCUCUCUCUCUGUGAUGCUGCUUCAGCUUCUUGGCGAAAGGUGAUAGAUGGGUGUUCUGUUCGUCGAUCGCGCCUGUCUUUCUUGAUCUUGAAGCUGUAGUAGGUUAACUCAGUAGCUUAGAUUAAUUGCUGGAAACUCUGGAAAGAUGUCUCAAAGAAGGGGAAUGGAUCCACCUCCCCCGCAGAGGCGGAUUCAGCGGACUCAUACUGCUGGAAGUCUUGGAGAGGCCAUGCUUGACAGUGAGGUUGUGCCAUCUUCUCUGGUAGAGAUUGCUCCUAUCCUUCGCGUGGCUAAUGAAGUAGAGGCCAGCAACCCACGAGUUGCUUACUUAUGUCGGUUUUAUGCGUUUGAGAAAGCACACAGGCUAGAUCCAACAUCUAGUGGACGUGGUGUUCGACAGUUUAAGACUGCUCUUCUUCAACGAUUAGAAAGGGAGAAUGAAACAACACUGGCAGGAAGGCAAAAGAGUGAUGCCCGUGAAAUGCAAAGUUUCUAUCAACAUUACUACAAGAAAUACAUCCAAGCUCUGCAGAGUGCUGCUGAUAAGGCUGACCGUGCUCAACUUACUAAGGCAUAUCAAACUGCUGCUGUUCUCUUUGAAGUCUUGAAGGCUGUUAAUCAGACGGAAGAUGUGGAAGUCGCUGACGAGAUUUUGGAAGCUCACACUGAGGUGGCAGAGAAAACCCAGAUCUAUGUUCCGUAUAAUAUUCUUCCUCUCGAUCCUGACAGUCAGAAUCAGGCCAUAAUGAGAUUCCCUGAGAUACAAGCUGCUGUAGCUGCACUCCGCAAUACCAGGGGCUUACCAUGGCCGGCAAAUCACAAAAAGAAACUGGAUGAAGACAUACUAGACUGGCUUCAAGCUAUGUUUGGUUUUCAGAAAGAUAGUGUUGCAAAUCAAAGAGAACACUUGAUUUUGUUGCUUGCUAAUGUCCACAUUCGACAAUUUCCAAAACCUGAUGCACAACCAAAGUUGGAUGAUCGUGCCUUGACUAUAGUGAUGAAGAAACUUUUCAAGAACUACAAGAAGUGGUGCAAGUAUUUGGGUAGGAAAAGCAGCCUUUGGUUGCCAACUAUCCAACAAGAAGUACAGCAGCGGAAGUUGCUAUACAUGGGACUAUACCUUUUGAUAUGGGGAGAAGCUGCAAAUCUGAGAUUCAUGCCAGAAUGCCUUUGUUUUAUAUAUCACCACAUGGCAUUCGAGUUGUAUGGGAUGCUGGCUGGGAGUGUAAGUCCAAUGACUGGGGAGCGUAUAAAGCCAGCAUAUGGUGGUGAAGAUGAGGCUUUCCUGCAGAAAAUAGUGACUCCAAUCUACCAGACAAUAGCAAAGGAAGCAAAACGGAGUAGAGGAGGAAAGUCAAAGCAUUCUCAGUGGAGAAACUAUGAUGACUUGAAUGAAUACUUUUGGUCAGUUCGAUGUUUUCGCCUAGGAUGGCCUAUGCGAGCUGACGCUGAUUUCUUUUGUCAGCCAGCUGAAACGUUUCGAGUUGACAAAGAUGAGAAGAAACCAGUUAGAGGAGAUAAAACGAUUGGGAAAAUCAAUUUUGUUGAAAUACGCUCCUUCUGGCACAUAUUUAGAAGUUUUGAUAGAAUGUGGAGUUUCUACAUCCUGUGCUUACAGGCAAUGAUCAUUAUUGCAUGGAAUGGAUCUGGAGAGUUGAGCGGCAUCUUUCAGGGUGAUGUUUUCCUCAAGGUCUUGAGCAUCUUCAUUACUGCAGCUAUAUUGAAGCUUGCACAAGCUGUCCUGGACCUAGUUCUCAGUUGGAAGGCAAGACAUAGCAUGUCAAUUUAUGUGAAACUCAGAUACAUCUUGAAGGCAGUAUCAGCAGCAGCAUGGGUAGUAAUAAUGCCAGUAACUUAUGCAUACAGCUGGAAAAACCCUUCUGGAUUUGGACAGACAAUAAAGAAUUGGUUUGGAGGGAACAGCGGUAGUUCACCUUCUCUCUUCAUUCUGGCUGUUCUUAUCUACUUAGCCCCCAACAUGCUUUCUGCGGUUCUGUUUUUGUUUCCAUUCAUCCGACGCUUUCUUGAAAGGUCUGACUAUAAUAUUGUUAUGCUGGUGAUGUGGUGGUCUCAGCCUCGGCUUUAUAUAGGGAGGGGAAUGCAUGAGAGCACUGUGUCACUUCUCAUGUACACAAUGUUCUGGAUUACCCUGUUAAUCUCAAAGCUGGCCUUCAGUUAUUAUGCUGAGAUUAAGCCCCUUAUACGCCCAACCAAAGAUAUUAUGCGAGUUCAUAUAUCCGUCUACCGCUGGCAUGAGUUUUUCCCUCAUGCCAAGAGCAAUAUUGGUGUCGUGAUUGCGAUCUGGGCGCCUAUUAUUCUUGUCUAUUUCAUGGACAACCAAAUAUGGUACGCUAUUUUUUCAACUCUGGUUGGAGGUUUCACUGGAGCUUUCCGUCGUCUUGGAGAGAUCCGAACUCUUGGAAUGUUGAGGUCUAGAUUUCAGUCCUUACCUGGGGCUUUUAAUGCCUGUUUGGUUCCGCUUGAGAAGAAUGAGAAGAUGAAGAAAAAGGGAUUUAAGGCAACAUUCUCUCGCAAGUUUGAUCAGAUCCCAUCUAGUAAAGAUAAGGAAGCGGCCCGGUUUGCUCAGAUGUGGAACAAAGUGAUCAGUAGCUUCCGGGAAGAAGAUUUGAUUAGCCAUAGGGAAAUGGAACUCCUUCUCGUGCCAUAUUGGGCUGACCCUGAUUUGGAUCUUAUCCGCUGGCCACCGUUUCUACUUGCUAGUAAGAUUCCAAUAGCUUUGGAUAUGGCAAAAGACAGCAAUGGGAAAGACCGUGAGCUGAAAAAGAGACUGACCGUUGACAGUUACAUGAGCUGUGCAGUUAGAGAGUGCUACGCUUCUUUUAAGAACAUCAUAAACUUUUUGGUUCUUGGGGAACGAGAACGACAGGUCAUAAACGAUAUUUUCUCCAAAAUUGAUGAACAUAUGGAGAAGGAAACACUGAUAACUGAAUUAAACUUGAGUGCUCUGCCUGAUCUAUAUGGCCAGUUUGUUCAGUUGAUUGAAUAUUUGCUACAAAAUAGAGAGGAGGACAAGGAUCAAAUUGUUAUUGUCCUGCUGAACAUGUUAGAAGUGGUUACAAGAGACAUAAUGGAAGAAGAGGGCCCUAGCACGCUAGAGUCGAGUCACAAUGGAUCUUAUGGCAAGUACGGAAUAAUGACCCCUCUUCAUCAACAGAGCAAAUAUUUCAGCCAACUUCGGUUCCCAGUUUACUCUCAAACCGAAGCUUGGAAAGAAAAAAUCAAGAGACUUCAUCUUUUACUUACUGUCAAGGAAUCGGCUAUGGAUGUGCCAUCCAACUUGGAAGCUCGAAGGCGACUUACCUUCUUUUCAAAUUCAUUGUUUAUGGACAUGCCUCCUGCACCCAAAGUUCGCAACAUGCUUUCCUUCUCGGUCCUAACACCAUACUAUUCAGAGGAUGUUCUUUUUUCUGUUAAUGGCCUGGAAAAGCCAAAUGAAGAUGGAGUCUCUAUACUUUUUUACUUGCAGAAGAUCUUUCCAGAUGAAUGGACCAACUUUCUAGAACGAGUUGAAUGCGUCAGUGAGGAAGAACUCAGGGCAAGAGAUGAUUUGGAAGAGGAGCUUCGCCUAUGGGCAUCGUACAGAGGCCAAACUUUGACCAGAACCGUGCGAGGCAUGAUGUACUACCGAAAGGCUUUGGAGCUUCAAGCCUUCCUUGAUAUGGCAAAAGAUGAAGAAUUAAUGAAAGGGUACAAGGCUCUGGAGUUGAGCAGUGAAGAAGCAUCAAAGAGUGAAAGGUCACUCUGGGCACAGUGUCAAGCACUUGCUGAUAUGAAAUUCACCUAUGUGGUCUCAUGCCAACAGUAUAGUAUCCAUAAAAGAUCUGGUGAUCAACGUGCUAAAGACAUAUUAAGGCUUAUGACAAAGUAUCCAUCUAUCCGUGUUGCUUACAUCGAUGAGGUGGAGCAAACACACAAAGACGGUUCCAGGGGGACAGAUGAAAAACUUUAUUACUCAGCUCUUGUGAAAGCAGCCCCACAGACAAAACCUAUCGAUUCUUCUGAAGCUGUUCAAACACUGGACCAGGUCAUUUAUCGGAUAAAGCUUCCAGGACCCGCAAUAUUAGGAGAGGGAAAACCCGAAAAUCAGAACCAUGCUAUCAUUUUUUCACGUGGAGAAGGAUUGCAGACAAUUGACAUGAACCAGGAUAACUACAUGGAAGAAGCUUUCAAAAUGAGGAACUUGCUACAAGAAUUUCUUGAAAAGCAUGGAGGUGUAAGAUAUCCUACAAUACUUGGACUUAGAGAGCAUAUUUUCACUGGCAGUGUUUCUUCUCUUGCAUGGUUUAUGUCAAAUCAAGAGAAUAGCUUUGUCACAAUUGGACAGAGAGUGCUAGCUAGUCCGUUGAAAGUGAGGUUCCAUUAUGGUCAUCCAGAUGUUUUCGAUCGGUUGUUCCACCUCACCCGAGGGGGUGUCAGCAAAGCGUCUAAAGUUAUCAAUCUAAGUGAAGACAUAUUUGCAGGUUUCAAUUCUACUCUACGUGAAGGCAGUGUGACACAUCAUGAAUAUAUACAAGUCGGCAAAGGGAGAGAUGUUGGCCUCAACCAGAUUUCGAUGUUCGAAGCAAAGAUAGCUAACGGAAAUGGCGAGCAAACACUCAGUCGUGACAUAUACAGACUGGGACACAGAUUUGAUUUCUUUAGGAUGCUGUCUUGUUAUGUCACUACAAUUGGGUUUUACUUCAGUACCAUGUUAACGGUGCUUACGGUCUAUGUAUUUCUUUAUGGUCGGCUCUAUCUCGCGCUUAGCGGACUUGAAGAAGGAUUAAGCAACCAGCGAGCUAUUCGUGACAAUAAGUCCCUUCAGGCAGCUCUUGCUUCUCAGUCACUUGUGCAGAUUGGCUUUUUUAUGGCCUUGCCUAUGAUGAUGGAAAUUGGCUUGGAGAGGGGCUUCCAUAAUGCAUUGAUCGAUUUCGUGCUCAUGCAGCUACAACUUGCCCCCGUGUUUUUCACAUUUUCACUUGGAACAAAAACCCAUUACUACGGCAGGACGCUGUUUCACGGAGGCGCCGAAUACAGAGGCACUGGCCGUGGCUUUGUGGUCUUCCAUGCUAAGUUUGCCGAGAACUAUAGGCUUUAUUCCCGUAGUCACUUUGUGAAGGGGAUUGAGUUGAUGAUUCUCCUACUUGUCUAUCAGAUCUUUGGCCAUGGUUAUAGGGGUGUAGUUGCAUAUAUUCUGAUAACGGUUUCAAUAUGGUUCAUGGUGGGGACAUGGCUCUUUGCUCCUUUCUUGUUCAACCCGUCUGGUUUCGAGUGGCAAAAGAUUGUGGAUGACUGGACAGACUGGAACAAGUGGAUAUACAAUAGAGGGGGAAUAGGUGUCCCUCCAGAGAAGAGUUGGGAGUCUUGGUGGGAGAAGGAACAAGGACAUCUUCAUCAGUCAGGGAAACGUGGGAUCAUCCUCGAGAUUGUUUUAGCUUUGCGCUUUUUCAUCUUUCAGUAUGGUCUCGUGUAUCACCUUAGCAGCGUCAAAAAGAAGAAAACUCAAAGUUUUCUGAUUUACGGGAUUUCAUGGCUCGUGAUAUUAUUCAUUCUACUCAUUGUGAAGGGAUUGAGCGCAGGAAGACGACGGUUCAGCACAAACUUUCAGCUUCUCUUCAGGAUCAUCAAGGGUCUUGUUUUCCUCACGUUUACGGCAAUCCUCAUUACUUUCCUUGCGCUCCCACUCAUAACACUCAAAGAUAUCUUCAUCUGCAUUCUUGCCUUCAUGCCUACUGGAUGGGGAAUGCUUCUGAUUGCACAGGCUUGCAAGCCUCUGAUCGAACGGUUGGGGUUCUGGUCAUCGGUUAAAACGCUGGCUCGGGGCUACGAGAUCGUGAUGGGGUUGCUCUUGUUCACGCCGGUGGCGUUCUUGGCUUGGUUCCCUUUCGUUUCGGAGUUUCAGACAAGAAUGCUCUUUAACCAAGCCUUCAGCAGAGGUCUCCAGAUCUCUCGUAUUCUUGGCGGUCAGAGAAAAGACCGGUCUUCCAAGAGCAAGGAGUGAAAUCACAUAUCCAUCCAUGUUACAACAAUGGAACGCAGAGAUACAUACAUAAUACAUAUGAUACGCCUUUGAAGCAUCAUUUGGUUGUAAAUAAGCCCCCGUUCAUAUGGCGUACCACAAGCUUGUGUAAACCGGAAAGCAUAGGUGCCUGUUUUCUCUUCCGCGGUUGCUUCUUUUGCAAGUAAUCUAUGUUUUCAUCUGUUGGAUCGAUCUUCAAGUUCCAACUUCGAUCUCCAAUUGGGAUGUCGAGAGUUUAAUUUACGAGUUUACCAUUAAAUCA